GGUUCUGUAGUUUGCGGGUGCCGAGGGGGAGAGUUGCUGUGAGGUGGGCCCCGGGAGAGCUCAGCUCUCCCGCGUUUUCUCUAAGAAUGGCGCAGAAGGAGAACACCUACCCGUGGCCCUACGGCCGGCAGACGUCUCAGUCAGGCCUGAACACCCUGCCCCAGAGAGUCCUCAGGAAGGAACCUGCCACACCAUCUGCGCUUGUUCUCAUGAGCCGAUCCAAUGGCCAGCCCACAGUUGCCCCUGGCCAGAAGUUCGGUGAGAACAUCAGUGGGGGAUGCAAUGGCAUACGUUCCCUCACAAUUGAUGACUUUGAGAUUGGCCGACCCCUGGGCAAAGGCAAAUUUGGAAAUGUGUACUUGGCACGGGAAAAGAAAAGCCAAUUCAUCGUGGCUCUCAAGGUCCUCUUCAAAUCUCAGAUUGAGAAAGAGGGUGUGGAACACCAGCUGCGCAGAGAGAUUGAAAUCCAGGCCCACCUUCAACAUCCCAACAUUCUUCGGCUCUACAAUUAUUUCUAUGACCGGCGGAGGAUCUACUUGAUCCUGGAGUAUGCCCCCCGGGGUGAGCUCUACAAGGAAUUACAGAAGAAUCACAUUUUUGACGAGCAGCGAACAGCCACGAUCAUGGAGGAAUUGGCAGAUGCUCUGAUGUAUUGCCACAAGAAGAAGGUGAUUCACAGAGACAUAAAGCCUGAGAACCUGCUCUUGGGACUCCAGGGAGAGCUGAAGAUUGCUGAUUUUGGCUGGUCUGUACAUGCUCCCUCUCUGAGGAGGAAGACCAUGUGUGGCACUCUGGACUACCUGCCCCCAGAGAUGAUUGAGGGGCGUAUGCACAAUGAGAAGGUCGAUUUGUGGUGUAUAGGGGUGCUCUGCUACGAGCUGAUGGUGGGGAACCCUCCCUUUGAGAGCCCUACUCACAACGAAACAUAUCGUCGGAUUGUCAAGGUGGACCUGAAGUUCCCCACUUCUGUGCCCAUGGGGGCCCAGGACCUCAUCUCCAAACUGCUCAAGCAUAACCCCUCUGAUCGGCUACCCCUGGCUCAAGUUGCAGCCCAUCCUUGGGUCCAGGCUAACUCACGGAGGGUGCUGCCUCCCUCUGCCCUUCAGCCUGACUCUUGACUUUUGUCCCUGUCAUUUGCUCAGUUUUGUCUCUUUGUAUAUCUGUAUAUGUGGUGGGAAGGAGAGGGUGUUAGCUUGUGCCUUUAUUUGUUUCUUAUCUCCUUUUUAUUUAAUAAAGGCUGGAGCUUUUUGUACUUG